AUGGACGCACCGGUGAAAUGUGUUGUUCAUUCAUCCAAGAACAAGAAAAGGGUAUAUGCAAAUCGUUUGAACUCAGUGGGCCGAAAACGGCGAUCCCCUCCAGACGUGUCAUCAGAUGUAGAAAGGGCAACAGCUGAAGUCGCAUUAUUUCUGCAAAACGCUACCCCUGACAUGUCCCAUUUUUGCCCAACUUCAUCAGUUUCGGCUGCAAAAAUGAAGAAUUCCUCUUAG